GAGGGCUGGAGAGGAGCAAAGGGCCGCUGGGAACCCGGCGGGCAGGAGGGGACGAGGGACCAGGCCCAGAAAGACGGUUUCCAAGGUCUCAGAGGAGUGUUUAGUGCCCCCCCUUAGAAACCGCCAUUGGCUGCUGCUGCUGGAGGCUCCGCUGAGGAUGAUUGGGCUGGAGCUGCUCUGCAAGGUCUGUGCCCUCGCCCUCUUUGCCAGCACCACUGCCCGCGACCCCUCGGAGGAGCAGGAAGCUGUGCGUUACCUGCUGCAGUUCGGGUAUUUGCAGAAGCCACUAGAGAGGCUGACGGACGAGUUCACUGAGGCCGAGCUCACCGAGGCCAUGAGGUCUUUCCAGCUGGCCUCCGAGCUGCCCGCCACCGGCCUCCUCGAUGAUGCCACCCUGGAGCAGAUGAGGCAGCCGCGCUGCGGGGUCGAGGACCCCUUCAACCAGAAAACCCUCAAGUACCUGCUGCUGGGCCGCUGGCGCAGGAAGAACCUGACCUAUCGGAUCUACCACUACACACCCGACAUGGGGGCCAGCGCUACCCGCGAGGCCAUCCAGGCCGCCUUCGCGUACUGGAGCGACGUGGCCCCGCUGACCUUCCGAGAGGUGCGGCACGGCACGGCCGACAUCCGCAUCUCCUUCCACGGCGCCACCUCCUGGACCUGCUCCCGCCCCUUCGACGGACCUGGGAAGGUGCUGGCUCACGCCGAUGUCCCCGAGGAGGGCACGGUGCACUUCGACGAGGACGAGCUGUGGACGGAGGGGACGUACCGUGGCGUCAACCUGCGCAUCAUUGCGGCCCACGAGAUCGGGCACGCCCUGGGCCUGGGCCACUCCCGCUACCCCACAGCCCUCAUGGCCCCCGUCUACAGCGGCUACCGGCCCCACUUCCGCCUGCACUUCGAUGACAUCGACGGCAUCCGGGCCCUGUACGGCAAAAAGACUCCACCAGUGAUGCCGUCCGGGACCCUCCUGCCUACCACCUCCAGCCUGUCGCCCACCAAGGUGCCCGACCCCUGCACCGACGGCUUGGACGCCCUGAUGUUCGGCCCGUAUGAGCAGACCUACGCCUUCAGGGGGGACUACGUCUGGACCGUGACUGAUUUCGGGACCGGCCCCCUGAAGGAGAUCCCAGCCCUGUGGAAGGGGCUCCCGGGGCGGCUGGACGCGGCCGUGUACUCCCCACGCACCGGCAGGAGCUACUUCUUCAAAGGUGACAAGGUCUGGAGGUACCGAGGCUUCCAGCUAGACCCCGGCUACCCCAAGGCCCUGACCCGGGUCCCGGCCAAGAUCGACGCCGCCUUCUACUGGCCGGGGAACAAGAAGAUCUUCCUCUUCAAGGGCACCGGCUACUGGCAGUGGGACGAGCUGGCCUGGAGCGACUUUGGCGGCUACCCCAGGAAGAUCUCCAAGCUGUUCACUGGGGUGCCCUCCCACCUGGACGCGGCCGUGGCCUGGGAGAACGGCCGGGUCUAUUUCUUCAAGGGGGGCCAGUACUGGCGGGUGAACGCGCAGCUGCGGGUGGAGAAGGGGUACCCGCUGAGCACGGCUGAGCGCUGGAUGCACUGCGAGGCCUAGGUGCCCCCGCGGGAUGGGCCCGGACGCCCUGGGAUCGGGGCCACAGGGGAUGGAGGGGGGUUUAAUGGGCCAGAGGCGCCACCUGCAGGCAGCUGGCAGGAACAGCACAGGGACAGGAGA